UCCCCCGGAAGUAGGGCCUGAUGUAAACACGGGAGCCGGGCGCCAAGGCCCGGGAGGUCAGGGAAGCCGGGCCGCGGGCGGCGCCGAGAACGGGGCUUGGGAGUCAGAGACGCGGGAGAUCAGGACAGAAGGACCACGAUCCCGGGGAGUUGGAGGACUUGGAGGGGAGACCCCAGGACUCUUCUCGACUGUAUGCCAUUUGUGACCAGAGGAGCAAUCCUGGACCAUGAGUCAGCAGCCACUUCGAGGAGUGACCAGCUUGCGUUUCAACCAAGACCAAAGCUGCUUUUGCUGUGCCAUGGAGACAGGUGUGCGGAUCUACAAUGUGGAGCCAUUGAUGGAAAAGGGGCAUCUUGACCACGAGCAGGUGGGCAGCAUGGGCCUGGUGGAGAUGCUACACCGCUCUAACCUGCUGGCCCUGGUAGGCGGUGGGAGCAGCCCCAAGUUCUCAGAGAUCUCAGCAGUGCUGAUCUGGGAUGAUGCCCGGGAGGGCAAGGACUCCAAGGACAAGCUGGUGCUGGAGUUCACCUUCACUAAGCCUGUGCUGGCUGUACGCAUGCGCCAUGACAAGAUUGUGAUCGUGCUGAGGAACCGCAUCUACGUGUAUUCCUUCCCCGACAAUCCUCGAAAGCUGUUUGAGUUUGACACCCGGGACAACCCCAAGGGGCUCUGUGACCUCUGCCCCAGCCUGGAGAAACAACUACUCGUGUUCCCAGGACACAAGUGUGGGAGUCUACAACUUGUGGACCUGGCAAGCACCAAGCCUGGCACCUCCUCCGCUCCAUUCACCAUCAAUGCCCAUCAGAGUGACGUGGCCUGCAUGUCCCUGAACCAGCCAGGUACCGUAGUGGCCUCGGCCUCCCAGAAGGGCACCCUUAUUCGCCUUUUUGACACGCAGUCCAAGGAGAAACUGGUGGAGCUGCGCCGAGGCACUGACCCUGCCACUCUUUACUGCAUUAACUUCAGCCAUGACUCCUCCUUCCUCUGCGCUUCCAGCGAUAAGGGCACAGUCCAUAUCUUUGCUCUCAAGGAUACCCGCCUCAACCGCCGCUCCGCGCUGGCUCGCGUGGGCAAGGUGGGGCCCAUGAUUGGGCAGUACGUGGACUCUCAGUGGAGCCUGGCGAGCUUCACUGUGCCUGCUGAGUCAGCCUGCAUCUGCGCUUUCGGUCGGAAUACUUCCAAGAAUGUCAACUCUGUGAUUGCCAUCUGUGUAGAUGGGACCUUCCACAAAUACGUCUUCACUCCCGAUGGAAACUGCAACCGAGAGGCUUUCGACGUGUACCUUGACAUUUGUGAUGAUGAUGACUUUUAAGGACCUUAGGGGCUGUGUUAGGGACCUGCCGUGGCAGGUUGUGGGAGCUGAGCCUUGGGGACGGGGUUUGCUGUGGAAGCCACCAGCUAGUAAGCAUUAAUGGGGCCUGUGCCCACUGCCCCCCUCAGCAUAGCUGUGUCUAAAUAAAACAGCUCACUUCCCCAAGUA